CGAACUUUGAAUCUGAGAUCUUAUCUUAUCUCCGCUGUUCUUUCAUUCUGGAGUCAAGACAUGCUGCAACGCCAGAACACUCACACCUUGUCUUCUCCCUCUCUCAAUUCUAUUCCUUUGCAUUUGCCUCUGCGUCAUCAAUGGUCAUAACGGUGUGCUUUCCUCUCAGAAAUCGCCAUGGCCUACCAGUUCUUCGCCAAAACCCAGCAUUCCAAAACGCCCGCCGCCACCAGUAAUCAUGGCGCGUACAACAGCAGACAGAACAGACCUCCAACCCAUCCGCCGCCGCUGGUGUUUCCUCAGUCUUCUUUGAAUCCGGGAUUGAAUCGCAAACCGCCAACCUGCGGUGAUUCUUCCUUCCAGCCCGAUCCGUACCCUCGUUCUUUGUCGUCCGGCUAUCCUACCCCUCACCCCCACGUCACUGUCGAGCCUGUCAACACGGCACAUAUCCCAUCUCUAACCCGAAUUACAGGCCUACUCCUCCCAAUUCGAUACCCAAAUUCCUUUUACACUACGACAAUAACGGAUCCCGUGAUUGCGUCCUUGUCGCGCGUUGCCAUCUACCAUGAUCAUCCCGUUACAGCACCACCCACGCCGGGGUCCAUUGCCGCGUCCAAGUCCUCAGGAACAGAUAAGGUCAUAGGAGGGAUUAGGUGUCGGCUAGAAAGACAUCCCCAGUUUAUAGAGCCACGGGGUAAAUCAAACACGAGAUCACGCCCGGAACCUACAAACCUCUACAUACAGACCCUCCAUCUGCUUUCCCCCUAUCGCGGUAACGGGGUCGCAACCUCGCUGCUCAAUUCGCUACUAUUCUCUUCUCCAUCACCGGAUUCAAAGGCUAGUUCAGGAAAUAGUGAAGUAUCCGACCUGGUGAAACACUACAAUAUCCGUACUGUCACCGCGCAUGUCCACGAGGCGAACGAAGAAGGACUGAAUUGGUACAUUGCGCGUGGGUUUCAUGUCGAGGACUGUGUUGUUGAGGGUUACUACCGGCGUCUGAACCCUUCCGGGGCUAGAAUUGUGAAAUUAACCAUGCAGUGGGAAUAUGAGGAUGGGGAGGAGUCGCCUGCUAAGAUUCAGAAACUGUGCGAUGAUGAUUCAGCCAGUCAGAAUGGAAAAUCCAAAUAUAGAAAUGUUGUCCACGAUAAUCAAGAUGACGAUGAUGACGACUGGGAAAAGGUCGAGGUCGAGGAUGGAGAAAGCUAAGACGACGUCUAAGUCAACAACAUUGAGGUCUCAAAAUUAGCCUGAUGCUGGAGCCAGGAAUGAGGUAUCUUUGUUAAAGGUGCCCUUUCCCGCUCUUCUCGACGCUCAUGUUUAGCAUUUCGCCCUGGGGUCUUCUGUGGUUGAUGUACAUCUGUGCAUUGGCUAGAAUCAUACUUUCUUGCACUUUCUGGCGUUGGUUGUGCAUUUCAUAUGAUGACUUUUCCCGUCUGCAUGUUUCUCUCUUUUCUCCGUCCCUUUUGCUGCAUGGAUCAGAGAUAAUUUUCACGUUAUGUAGAUAGGCAAGCUAACCACUGUAAAUAGUCGUAUGAAGAAUAAACCAUAAAUGGGGAAAUUAUCUAUCAAAG